AUUCCAAAGAUUGAGUUAGGCGAAAAGAAAAAUCGGAAAAUAGGCGCAUUUCGCAAACCAAAGAAAAAAAUGACACAAUUUGACAUCCAACCCGGUACUUUGUAGCGGUCGACCCGAUGGGUGCGUAUGAUCCGUUUUUCUCACCGGGUCAGAGUCAAAGUGGGUCGACCCGCCCGUGGGUUGUAAUGAGAGAAGCCCAUAACAGCAAGCCCAAUUUGAAGAGAACGAAAUUAAAAAAACACACAAAUAAUCGUGAUUUUCAACUUUUGUUUCUGGUUUUUCUGCUAUUUGGAGAGACACGCUAGUUCCCCAUUGGCUUUCCAUCCAAUCACGUCAGUUCCCUUGGUUUUAGGCGAUUCAAAUGUUUCUUCCUUUUCUACAAACGCUUUUUCUUCUUUCUCUUUCGCUUCGCUUCCUUUCUUCUGUUGCGGCAAAGAGACUUUCCAAUCAGUUGUCGACUCUGAGGUAAAGCUAAGAUCGAUCUCCACUUCUCAGUGUCUUCAUAGUAAUUCAUUUUUCCUUGGAAAGUUCUCUUUUUCUAAUUCGGGUUAGGGUUUUUUGCUCGAUGUUGGUACCAGGCGCUCACUAUGGACUCUUGGCAUUCUCGUGCUUCCGAUCUUUGUGAAGCGGCAGAGACAACUCUGCCUUCCUCUGCCGACGUUGCUGAUCAAUCUUCAACCAUGGAGCACUUGUUGAAGAUGACAUUGCCGGAUGGAAGUGAAGGGUUGUCAUUGCUGAUGGGGAAGUGGAGGAGGUUGAUCAGCGGGGUGGCAGAGGAGGAGGUGAUGAGGAGGACGGAGGCGACGAGGUUGGAGUGGCGCUGGGUGAGUAGCUUGCUGAGCUCCACCAUUGAGCCGAGCUAUCAACAACGAUGGUGGAUACUGAAUUCACCACCACUGUCGCGGGUCUUCACUGCCGGCAAAAUGGAGCUAUCUGAAGACUACUCCUGCAUCAUCUCCCGCGGUCCUGUUCCCAUAAUCACUCGCAUCUUCGACGAUGCAAUCGUCGACACCUGCUACGGCGUCUUCAACUACUGCGAGCUUCUUAAGCUACAGGGGAAAGAAAGCGUUCUGCAGCAGGGAAUGCACGAGCCUCCUCCUCACCGUUACCACUGGGGGAAUUAAGUGAAAUGGUCCAAUUUAUAUGUUAGCAGAGAAAAUAUUUUAGCAAAAAAAAAGUGAUUCUAAAGGGCGAUCGUUCUGACUCAGUAGGCAUAUCCUCUGAGACUGUCUUAAUAUGUUAAGAUUUGUUAUCUCAAAGCCAGUUUGUUCUAAACCAGUUCACUCUCUGAAAGACUCGAGAUGCUAAGAUUUGUUAUCUAACAGUACUCUUCACUCCUUGAUUAUGCAGAUUUAGAAGUUAGGAUGGGCUGUUGCUUCAAAGCAAAAGCUAAGACCCUUUGCAAUUGCUUAACAUUAAAAUACUCGUUUGAACGUGUUUUCACCCCGCUUUGCUGUGUUUGCAUCUUGCUUAGCUAUUUUUUCAUCCGUUUUGGCCUGUUUUUCUCCUUCGUUGUGACAUCAGCACUAUCAGCAGGGGGGAUAACGGGAGGAAGCAGGGCUUCUUCUUCUCCAUUCUUUUCUUCAUCUUCAUUGGUUUCUUUUUCUGUAGCUGUUUGGUCUUCAGCAUUUGCUGAACUGAGGAACUCCCGAACAGUUUUCAAGGAGUCAUCAUAUGCAUUAAGUGCUUCAAGACAGAUAUCAUGGGUUUUCAUUAGCUGCUCUCUAGAACGAUGGCCUGCAAAACAUGUUACUAUUUAUUGCUCCAAGUAACUUGUCAAAAACCAACAAGAGGGGGGGGGGGGGGGGGGGGGGGGGGGGGGGGGGGGGGGGGGGAAGAUUACCCUUCACGUCCCUUAAUUUCAGAAAUCAAGAUUACCCCUUCAUGGUAUUGGAAUUGUGAUAUGCUUCUUCCCCAGACUAGCAGAAUCAACUUCUAUAUCAGCAUUAACAUUGUCACAUGUUGUAGAUAGUCCUUAAUGUCAAGACCCUUACGGUUUGUGGAUGACUAUAACCUGUAUUGUCGUCGCAGAGAUAACCUGUGAUAGGCGUGGAAGAAAAAACCUGUUAUUGUUGUCGAUGAGAUAACCUCUUAUAGGUGUGGAUGACAAUAACCUGUUAUUGGCGUU